AUUUAAAGAAAUAUCAUCUCUAAAACUUCUCAAGAUCAUUUUUCGUAGCAUGUGGAGUCACAGAAGCUGAAAUAUACUGAUGUCAGCAGUUUCCUCAACCGUUAUCAUUUUAAUGAUACCUGAGAGAUGGGCAGACAGUGUCUGACUAUACAGGUCAUUUUCUUAAUAACAUCCUGCUCCAUUUGUGAGGUCAUGAUAAAGUCAAGGGAUUGGCUAGCCGCUAAGCCUAAGACCAAAUAAAAGCAAGAACUUUCUCUUGAAACGAUACCAAACGCAUAUUCAACAUCCCAGAAUCUACCUGCAGCCAAGUAAAGUAAGUGACCAUGUGGACAUCUCUCCUGUGUCUUCUUCUGGCCGGUGCGGUAUCCGCAGCACCACUUUCGCCGUUUUUCAAUUUUCUCCCCCAUUAUGGCAACCCAGGCCAGGGAACUAACGGUGUUUUCCCUGGCAUGCCUUCACAGCCACAUCCUCCAAUCAGCAUGGAAAUCAUAUUUCCUCAGCGGUUCCCAAAUAAUGCAGCAGGGGGAGCUGGCGGCCAGACAUUCCCCACACAAGCGUUCAUCAAGUACUCUCUCCCAAAAGCCCCAGGCAGAAAAAGUGUGGAAAUUUUUUACCCCUAUGACUUCUCUCAGCACCAGGACUUACCAAACAUUCCCCAGAUUCCUCAAAUUCCAAAUAUCUUCCCCUUUGAGUAUGUGCCUCAAACAGCUGCUCAACAGCCACCCAUGGUCCCCCCAUUCCAAGAUGUUCCUCCACAAUCCACUGAUCCUCAGCAGCAAGCCCAGCAAGAGCAACAGGUCCAGACAGGAGAGGGACAGGUGCAGCCAUGAGGACUGUUUCGGAGUGAAAAGAUGUCAAGCUACAAGACUCUGGAGCUGUUUUUGUCUAAUGCUAAUUAGAAUUAGUAUAUAUUUUAUCUGUAGAAAUAAUUUAAAAUAAGAUUUUUUUUAACAUAAACAAUACAAAAGAAAU